AUGAGUAAUUUUUUGAACUGUAAAUCUAUAGAUGUUCUGAUAGACAAAGGAAAUGAAAUUCAACUUGCUCAAAAAGAGAAACAAAAAUUGCAUAACAGACAAAUAAUGUAUCGUCUUAUUGAUGUUACUUUAUGCUUAGGACUAGGUGGCCGUCCAUUUCGUGGACAUAUUGAAAAAAGUUCAGAAUUACAUCAAGGGUUGUUUUUAGAAUUAGUCAAUUUGCUUAAAAAAUAUGAUCCAGUAUUAAAAGAUCAUUUAGAUAAUGGACCUCGGAAUGCGUUAUAUACGAGUAUUGAAUGGCAUAAUGUGUUGUCGGUUUGCUUCGACGGUGCUUCUACAAUGUCUGGUCAUGUAGCAGGCGUCCAAGCUAAAUGUAAAGAGAUGAAUUCAAAGCUUUUCUAUGUUCAUUGUUAUGGGCAUUGCUUAAACCUUGUGUUAGUAGAUUCCAUUGGAAAAGAAAACCGUGUGACAUUUGAUUUUUUUGGUACUGUUCAAUUAGUUUACAAUUUAAUUGAAGGUAGUUGUGUACGUCAUGCUAUAUUAGAGAAAAUUUCAGCUUCAAUGAAUAUAAAGUUAAAAACAUUGAAGACACUGUCAACUACAAGAUGGGCAUGCCGUUCUGAAGCAAUUGAGGCAAUUAAACAUAAUUAUGUAGCAAUAUUAAAAGCAUUGGAGGAAAUAUCAGACUCAACAAAUCUUCCAGAUGUAAGAGCCAAAACAAAAGGUCUCAUUUAUUCUUUGAAAACUUUUAAAUUUGUUUUUGCUAUGUGUAUGUUAAGCCCUAUUCUAAAUUUAGUAAACAAAGUUAGUGCUACAUUACAAUCACCUAACUUGGAUUUACAUACAGCAGUUACACUAAUCAUUGCUUUACAAAACUCUCUUCAAACGAUGAGAUCAGACAAAACAUUUAAUACAAUUUUUGAUGAAACUAAAGUGGCUUGUACUAAAAUUGAUGUAUCCAUACCUGAGAUAAAAAGGCGUAAAGUAUCAACUAAAGUAGAUUAUGAGCAUCAUUCGCAACAUUUUUUUGAAAAUACAAAAGAAGAAAUGAAGAUAACUGUGUAUAACAGUGUUAUUGAUAAAAUGUUAAAUGGCAUCAAAGUUCGUUUCAGUCAAGAUACAUUAAAUUUAAUCAAUAGUGUUGGUAACUUAUUAAAACUAGAAAUAGAAAAAAAACAUCUACAGACUAUUUCUGAUACAUUUGGUUUAUCUUUUGAUCAACUCAACACUGAAGUCAGACUGUUUACACAAAUAGAUGACAUACCAAGAGGAAGUAAUAAUAGUACAAUAACUCAGUGGUUGAGUUGGAUAACUAAAGAUGGAACAGACCGAAUGAGAACUUUUGAAAAUAUAUUUAAAGUUCUACAAGAAUUUACUACCAUACCAGUCACUAGUUGCUCUUGUGAAAGAGCUUUUUCAAAAAUGGCAAUAGUUAAAAAUAAAUUAAGAAGUACAAUGGCUCAAGAAAGGUUAGAUGCCUUACUUACAAUUUUUGUUGAACAGGAAAUUGCAAAAUCUUUAGAUAUGGAGGAAAUUAUUGAUGAAUUUAAAACACUAACACCAAUACAAAGAAGAUUACCAUUAUAA